AGCGGGGGGAGGUGUCUCUGUGCCCCCGCGCGAAUGGGCUCAGCUUUAUCCAGGGCUGUAAUCCCCCCUGCUCCGGUAAUUAAAAACUCCGCAUUACAAGGAAAACGGUGUGCAGGGAAAUGUAAUCAAGUCUGGAGGGGCUUAACCAUCUGGUAAAGGUUAGGACCGGCACGGCGGGGGACGCGGCCGGGGGAUUUGGCAGCCGCCGCGAUCCGGGCUCCUCUUAAUCUACCGCGGGGACCAGCGCAGCAUCUGCAGGGUAAAACCGGUGCCUCGGGCAGCGAUCGGAACCCCCAUCGCCGUUAACGGGACCUCCCCGGGGCUGCCCCACCCCCUCCCGAGGCGCUCUCGGCUCCGGGGAACCCCUUCGGGGGGGUCAUCGGAGCCCGUAUCGCAUCCCCUCCCCGGGGCCUGCGGGGAAAGGGUUAAGCGCCCCCCUCCGGCUCCGGGCAGGCCCCCACCCCCGGGAGCCCGAAACUCUUGGGAAGUGCGAUUUGGGAGCAAAGGCGAGAGGGAGGCGGCGGUGCGGGGGGGACCCCGCAUCCCCGGGCGGACGGCGGGGCGAUGGGGGUCGGGGGGGGGCAGCUCGCCCUCCGCUCCCUCCUCUUGCUCCUCGCCCUCCUGCUGGCCCCGGCCCCGCUCCCGGCGGGCGGGCAGCUGCGCUACGCCGUGCCCGAGGAGCUGGAGCACGGAGCCUUCGUGGCCAACCUCGGCGAGGACCUGGGGCUGGAUGUGUCCACGCUGUCUGCGCGGCGAUUCCGCAUUGUGUCCCGGGCCGGGGCCAGGCAGCACCUGGAGGUGAACUUGGAGAACGGGAUCCUCUUCGUCAACGAGCGUAUUGACCGGGAAGAGGUGUGUGAGGCCGGGGGAACCUGCCUGCUCCACCUGCAGCUCCUCGUCGAGAGCCCGCUGGAGCUCUAUCGUGUCGAGGUGGAGGUGCUGGACAUCAAUGACCACGCGCCCACCUUCCCCUGGCAAGAGUAUGUGCUGGAGGUGGCCGAGUCUGCUGUGCUUGGUGCCCGCUUCCCUCUUGAGAGCGCCCAGGAUCCUGACGUGGGUACCAACUCAGUGCACACCUACCGCCUCAGCCCCAACAGCUUCUUUUCGCUCGAGGUGCAGACGCGCAGCGAUGCCAGCAAGUUUGCAGAGCUGGUGCUGGAGCGUGCCCUUGACCGUGAGCAGCAACGCGUGCACCAAGUGCUGCUCACUGCUCUCGAUGGCGGCGUCCCCAUGCGCUCGGGCACAGCUCGCAUCCUUGUCACGGUGCUUGACGCGAAUGACAACGUGCCUGCCUUUGACCAGCCCUCGUACAGCGUCAGCCUUCCGGAGGAUGCUCCUGCCGGCACCUUGGUCAUCCAGCUCAACGCCACUGACCUGGACGAGGGCCCCAACGGGGAGAUCGAGUAUUCCUUCAGUGGGCACGCACCAUCUCGUGUGCGGGAACUCUUCCACAUAGAGCCCCGGAGCGGGCAGGUGCUGCUGAAGGGGCCCCUGGACUACGAGCGGGCCAGCCUCCAUGAGCUCUACGUGCAAGCCAAGGACCGUGGACCCUCAGCCGUGGCUGUGCACUGCCGCGUGCUUGUGCACCUCCUCGAUGUGAAUGACAAUGCGCCAGAAGUGACCCUCACCUCUGUGUCCACGCCUGUGCUGGAGGACGCCCCACCAGGCACCGUCAUCGCUGUCAUCAGUGUUCUGGACCGGGACUCUGGGGACAAUGGGCGUGUGAGCUGUGAGGUUGGCCCCGAUGUGCCCUUCGAGCUCCGCUCCUCCUUUCGCAACUACUACACACUGGUCACCACGCAGGCACUGGACCGGGAGCUUGUGCCUGAGUACAAUGUCAGCAUCACAGCACGGGACAUGGGCUCGCCUGCCCUGCUGACCCACAGUGUCCUCACCGUCCCAGUGUCUGAUGUGAAUGACAAUGCCCCACGCUUCCUCCAGCCCUCCUACAGCGUCUAUGUGAUGGAGAACAACGCGCCAGGUGCUUCCAUCUGCUCCGUCAGUGCAUUGGACCCUGACUGCCAACAAAACGCCUACCUGUCCUACUCCAUUGCUGAGGGGCACAUCCAUGGCAUGCCGGUGGGCACCUACGUGUCUAUUAACUCGGACAGUGGGCAUAUGUAUGCCCUGCGCUCCCUCGAUUAUGAGCAGAUACGCAGCUUCCAGAUCCAGGUGCAAGCACAGGAUGCGGGUUUCCCUCCACUCAGCACCAACGUCACAGUCCACAUCUUCGUGCUGGACCAGAACGACAACGCUCCAGUCAUUGUUUCCCCUAUCCCACGCAAUGGCUCUGUGGCCACUGAGCUGGUGCCGCGAUCAGCUGGGCCUGGCUACCUCGUGGGCACAGUGUCUGCGAUGGAUGCAGACGCGGGGCUGAACUCCCGCCUCUCCUACCAGCUCCUCCAGGCCACUGACUUCACCCUCUUCAGCGUGGCACCAGAAACGGGUGAGCUGCGCACCCUCCGCUCCUUUCUGGAGCAGGAUGCGACCCAGCAGCAGCUGGUGGUGCAGGUGCGUGAUGGUGGGCAGCCAGCCCUCUCUGCCACCGUGUCCCUUCUGCUUUCGGUGGUGGACACCAUGCCUCAGACUCUCUCCGACUUCAGCGAUUUCAGCCUCCCCCCGGAAGCCUCCUCAGCCUCCCCACUCACCAUCUACCUCCUUGUCUCCCUGGGCUCCAUCUCCUUUACCUUUCUCCUCGCCAUCCUCAUCCUCACAGCCAUACGGUGCCGCGGAGAGCGCCGCUCUCGCCAAGGUGACGGCUGCUCUCCUCCCCGCUGCUACUGCUGUCCUGGGUCCAGACCUUCUGCUGAUGGCCUGAAGACGUCCAACCUGACAGCGCAGCCCCCCCCGGGGACCACAGCUGCCACCUGCUUCGACGUGCCCACUGGUGGCCCCCCGGGCUACUGCUAUAAGGUCUGCCUCGGUCCCGAGUCUGCCCAGAGUGACUUCAUGUUCCUCAAACCCUGCAGCCCCCCUCGGAACAAUGAGAAGGACCCUGGGAAGCCGGGCCAGCAUCUCCAGGUCUCCAAGCAGAUCAAGCAGCCCAACACAGACUGGCUCCCUCCAAGCAUGCAGCGACCUGCCCUGAAGAGCUCGCAGAGCCUGGAGGAUGUAGGGGAAAUCCGCAGAGCCCUCCAGAAGGAGCAUGAGAGGUUGUGCACGCUGGUGACCCCUGUCUCUGAGUUUCAGAAGGCUUCAGCAGGCGCCAACAGCAUCUGGACCCCCCAGUACAGCCCCUUGUACCCGGGGCACAUCCCAGCCCUGGAUUAUCAGCACAAUGUCUACAUCCCUGGCACCCCCACUCAGCUCUCCAGCAAAGACGGGCCCCUCUUCCUGGGCCGGGAGAACAAGAACAGCUUCUCCACCUUUGGCAAGAGGAAGAAGAUGACAACUUACUGUGACAUACACGACAGUGUGGUUAUCAACAAUGACCUGAAAUAGUGACCGGUGCUGGGUCUGGAUGGCUCUGCCCUGGGAAUCACCCACGUUACAUCAGCUGCCAGGUCCACCCGACGCACGCAGCUCCACGUAUGGACCACUUGGGAUUUUGCGGGGUUGCUGAGAUAGUGGCUCACCAGGGCACAAGGAAAGGAUUCAAGGAGCAAGAGCCCAAGAAGUGGUUGGGAUUGCAUCUCUCUUCUCUCACCCUGCAGAGCUGUGGUGGCAGCAGGUGCUCUUGGGGUCCAUACGAGCAGAUUUAAGCAAAUCUGCCUUGAGUUUACGCAUUCUCAUGUCCUCUUCAGGACCAUCCAUCUCUGUAAACAUUGUCACUUCUUUGUCUUGUCUGGCUGUGUGAAUGUACUGAGCUGCAUGCCUGUAUUUCUGUACCAGUAGGCAUGGAAAAUGUGUGCAGACCAAGCCUGGUUCACCCGAGCCAGACCCUCCAUACCGGGACAGUGACCAUUGCUCUGUCCCUGAGAUCACUGGGAUGUGUUGCAUGUCCAGAGAAGCAUUUGGUGUCCAGCUUCUCUGCAAAUUGAGUGCAAAACCCAGCCAUCAGGAGUGCUUCACUUCAAACCCUGACCCGACACUUGCAGGGCUGGGGACCCAAAGUCCAGGACACAGCCAGGGUCCAGGCCAGAGACAGUCUUUGCUCCAGGAGCAGCAUGGGCUGGAGCGCACGCAGGAUGGAUGGCCAGAAGGGCUGUGGAGAAGAACAAGGUGAGGUCCUGCUGGGUAGCCCUGCAGCCCAAAGCAACGUUGUCUGGAAGAAAGAGUUUCAGAGGGGCCAUCAGAGGGCCCCCAACACAGGUGACCAUCCUCUUCCCUCCAUCCCCUGCCCUCUGUUUUCCCCAAGUACUGAACACUGGGCGGAACCCCUGCACUGGGGGCGGCACCUGCACAGGACAGACAUCUCCCACUGUGCUCUGCUUCUCCUGGAGGACUUUCAGCUGGCUGGCAGGAGCCCUCACAGGCAGGACUCCAGCCCUGGAACUGUCUCUCGCCCUACCCUGCUCACCCUACACCUGCUCACCAGUCUGUCUGCCAGGGUUGCCAAGCGCUCCCGUCACGGGACAGUUCAUUUCCAAUCCAUCUGUGCAGAACUUGACAGCUCUUUCUAAACCCAGUUGAUUUCACAAUGUCUGAUUUGUACCAAUAAAUCGUAU